GUAGCUGCUCCUCCAAAGUAUUUGUGUGCAUAUCCUAAAAUAACAAACAGAAUUUUAGUAGUACUAUGUAGUUUCUAUCUGCCGUAAUUUAGAAGAAAUGUUCGAAUCUUAAAAUCCAUUUUGGCUACUGAAGUUUUAAGACGGAUCUCUUGCCGAAAUAAGCAGAACUCUCAUUUUACAGGUUUGAUUCGUGCUUUUUAAAAGUUUUAGAGAGCAUUGCAACUGAGAUCAUGUGGCAUGGCAUCAUUUUACAUCUCUCUCUAUGUGAACAUGUAUAGAGAUCUCCACGAACCUGCUCUCGUAAUUGCUGGAUGCUUUGUCUUGGUCGCAUUAAUUCUCUCUCUUUUGUCAAUAUUUCAGCAUCUCAGAUACUAUACCAAUCCAGCGGAACAAAAAUGGAUCGUGGGGGUCCUUUUCAUGGUUCCUGUCUAUGCAACUGAAUCAAUUUUAUCCUUGUGGAACCCAAAAUUGUCCCUUGCCUGCGACAUAUUGAGGAACUGUUAUGAAGCGUUUGCACUCUAUUCUUUUGGCAGUUACUUGAUCGCUUGCCUUGGGGGUGAGCGAGAGGUCGUUGAACUGCUCGAAGAUGAAAGAAGGAAACAAAUCAGUCAGUCGUUGCUAGGAGGAGAGGAGAAACCUGUGACACAAAAAAGAACGUUGUAUAACUUCAUUUUCCACCCAUGUGUCGUGGGGAAGAACUUGUUUACUAUAGAAAAAUUUGGUCUUGUACAAUAUAUGAUUUUGAAGACAACCUGUGCAUUCCUAGCUCUCAUUAUGGAGAUAUUUGGGGUAUAUGGCGAUGGAGAGUUCAAAUGGCACUAUGGAUACCCUUAUAUUACUGUGGUGCUAAACUUCAGCCAAAUGUGGGCACUGUUUUGUCUCGUCCAAUUUUAUAAUGCGACUCACCAUAAACUCCAGUCAAUAAAACCGCUAGCAAAAUUUAUUAGCUUCAAGGCCAUUGUUUUUGCAACAUGGUGGCAAGGGGUGGGGAUCGCCUUGAUAUGUUAUUUAAGAGUGCUUCCGAAGGAAGGGAAGUUCCAGACCGGGUUGCAAGAUUUUCUGAUCUGCAUAGAGAUGGCUAUUGCUGCUAUUGCGCAUGUUUUUGUCUUCUCCGCAAAACCUUAUCAUUUCGUGCCAACAUCUGUGUAUGAAGAGAUUACUGCCCAAAAAGCAGAAACAACUUUAAAAUCAGAAGACGGAGAGAAACCAGCUGUUGUUGAAAAGAUAGAAGCCAAGGUUGAGCUUCCGGGGACAAGUGUCACAGAAAGUGUUCAGGACAUCGUCGUUGAAGGUGGUCAAAAAGUUGUGAAGGAUGUAGUUUUGACCAUAAACCAGGCGAUGGAACCGGUAGAGAAAGGUAUGACAAAGAUCCAAGAAACUUUCCACCAAAUAUCAGUCAAUGACGAGAAAGAAGAAAAACAGGAGACGGAAAUUAAGAUUGAGGAACACGAACAGAAUGUAACAGGAGACGACAGAUCUCAUUCUCAGGUGCUUAUAUCGCGAGAUGAAAGGCGGAAAACUUGAACUGGUAUAGUAUAUAUGUUGAGACAAAGGAAGUUGAAAGACAAAAGAUUGUCACUGAGGUAUUCAAAUCAUGUUCUUAGUAGGAUUUGAUCAUCUUCUUACUUAGCAGGAUUUCUUGUAGUUAAUUGAUUUAUUUUUCUUUUUAUUGGUAAUACAUGGAUUUCCUUCCUUUAGGGGACCCUUUA